AUGAACGGUGACAAUAGAAACUUUCAAGCAGUAACCUUUCUUGUCAUUUUAUUUGCAAUCAGUUUGUGUAAUGCGAAUGAUUACUGCGAGUAUUAUGCAAGCUGUCAACAUCGCCUGGAAAUUAAAGAGCGCCAUUGUGUAAAGAUGGAAGAAAAAUUAGAUCGCGGUGGUACUAAAUGUUCAAAGCUUGUUAAUGUGGCACGCACAGCAGUUGAUAGCUUGCAGCUGAGAAAAGCUGAGCUCGAGAGAGAUUGUGUUAUGAAAAGUGGUGGUGAUCAGCCACGGAGCUUUAAACAGCGAGUAGUGUGUAAACGAGCUAUUCAAAGAUUUCCGAAUUUAUUAAUCGAUGAAUUCAUCCAUAAAUUCGGUAAAAUUCCCAUUAAAAUUCGACGGCAACACAAUAACAUGAAAGCAUGCAGGAAAUCGGCACGAUUACUACGUAAGCAAUGCCAUAUGUUAGCUCAAUGCUGUCCUUUGCACAGUUGUCCAGAAUUGGAAAUUAUUCGAUCGCAAAUCUCAUCAGCAACUACAUUUUUACAUCAUCUCAAAUGGAAAUGCUUCAAGUAG